AUGGCACCCACAACUAGCGACACCCUUCCCCUUUCUGCUCCAACUCAACCUCUUGUGCCGGACCUCACCAUCGACAACAUCACCGAGAAGGUGGUGCAGGCCAGCUCACAGAGUGGCGAUGCGCGGCUCAACUACCUCAUGGAGCGGCUGGUGACCCACGUCCAUGACUUUGCGCGUGAAACACGCCUCAGCACCAGCGAAUGGAUGGCCGCCAUCCAAUUCCUCACCCAGACUGGCCAGAUGUGCAGUCCUGUCCGCCAGGAGUUCAUCCUCCUCUCCGAUGUCCUUGGCCUCUCGAUGCUGAUCGACUCCAUCGAUCAUCCGAAGCCACCAAACUGCACUCAAGGCUCCGUUCUCGGGCCUUUCCACACCAGCGAUGCGCCCCAUCUCCCCAUAGGCUCGUCCAUGACCACUGAUACUGCGGGCGAGCCCCUGCUUGCAUUAUGCACAGUCUGCGACUCGUCUGGCCGGCCACUCUCGGGUGUCAAGGUCGACAUCUGGGAAGCCGACUCCUCUGGCCACUACGACGUGCAGUACGCCAGCCGACAGGCGCCGAGCGAGCGGUGCGUCAUGACGAGCGACGUGGACGGCGGCUUCUGGUUCAGGGCCAUCAGGCCCGUCGGCUACCCGGUCCCGGAUGACGGUCCGGUUGGCAGGCUGCUGGGGCUGCUCAAGCGGCACAGCUGUCGGCCGGCCCACAUGCACUUCAUGUUUGAGAAGCAAGGCCUAGAUCCCCUCAUCACGACGCUCUUCAUCCGCGGCGACGAAUAUGAGACAUCUGACGUCGUCUUCGGUGUCAAGACGAGCCUCGUCGUCGACCUGGACAGAGUUGACGAGGAUACCGCCGCAAAGUAUGGCGUGCCCCAGGGGACUUUGCUGCUCAGGCACAAGUUUGUCCUGGCAAGCGCACAGGAGACGGAGGAGUUGCGAGACAGGAACGCUAUGGAGGCGAUGCGGAGGAUGGGUCUCAAGACGAAGCUCGUGGACCACUUGCCGGUGCCUGAUCUGGAUUGA